UUGGACUCUGAUAAAGAAGAGCAGAGGGCCAGAGGUCUCCAGCAGUGGUUGGCAUCCUUACCCUCUCCGUCUUUAGGGGAUCAAAGCUCUGCAGACCUGCAAUUAACAGUGGGGGCACUCAUUGUCGAAGAAAUGAGAGCAGCUGUGGAGAAACACACAGGUUUCCAAUGUUCAGCAGGGAUAUCCCACAACAAGGUUCUGUCAAAACUAGCCUGUGGUCUGAACAAACCUAACAGACAAACUGUUCUGCCUUUGGACUCAGUGGGUGAACUCUUCAACUCUUUGCCUAUCAGCAAGAUUCGUAACCUGGGAGGGAAGCUGGGUGCUUCGAUUACAGAAACUCUUGGAGUAGGGAACAUGGGAGAUCUUACUCGCUUCUCUCAGGCCCAGCUGGCACAACACUUUGGGGGGAAAACAGGCCAGUGGCUGUAUGACUUAUGUCGGGGGAUCGAGUUUGAAGCUGUGAAACCCCGACAGCUUCCCAACCAGUGGCUGUAUGACUUAUGUCGGGGGAUCGAGUUUGAAGCGGUGAAACCCCGACAGCUUCCCAAGUCCAUUGGCUGCAGUAAAAACUUUCCUGGGAAGACGUCGCUGGCCACCAAAGAUCAGGUGCAAUACUGGCUUCAUCAACUUGCUCUGGAGUUGGAGGAGAGGCUUACCAAAGACAGAGAAUCGAAUGGUCGAGUAGCAAAGUUACUGACCGUCGGGGUGCGCCAGCUUGGUGAUAAGAGACCGAGCAGCUUCUCCCGAUGCUGUGCGUUGGUUCGCUAUGAGGCAGCCAAAUUAUCCACCGACAGCUUUGCCAUUAUCAAGAGUCUGAACAUAGCCGGAAACCAUCAGGCAGCAUGGACUCCACCUCUCACCCUGCUGCACAUCUCAGCCAGCAAGUUCAGCGACGCUCCCUCAGCUGGCGGGAUUGCGGGCUUUCUCUCCAGUGACGUCACUUCAACUCAGAGUGUUUUCUCUGCUUCUCAGUCGUCCAGUCAGUCACGCUCUGAGCUGAGAAAUGGCUCUCCAUGCAAACAACCUGGCUCCAUUCAAUCCUUCUUUCAUAGGGUUGCUGAGAAGCAAAAGCAGGUUGGGAAGCUUGCUGAAGAGGAAGAUGAAUGUGAAAGUGUCAAAGAAGACCCCCUACCUUCUACCCUUGAUAGAGGUUCUGGCACUGAUAGUAAACUGGAAGCAGAAAUCAGCCCCCCAGUGUCCUCUAACACAAGUUCGUUUCACUCUAGAAUGGGUGCAGAAAGCCUCCACAUGUCCUUUUUUCACAAGAAGAACCUCGAGAGAAAUUCGCUGGUCUCGGCGACGACUUCGACCAAACCUGAAUCAGGACAGAAACAUGCGCUCAUCCGUGAUAAUAAAAGUGAAGAAGCUGAUGGUGGCACAAAGUAUGACUCAGAGCAAAUAUCUUGUGAAGAAGACGGAGACGAGCAAGAGAUCAAUCCAGAGGUAACUCCCCCUCCGGCCAAUGUGGCCAAAGAAGACAUGUUAACCUGUGACCGCUGCGGUCAAGAGGUGCUGGUCUGGGAAAUGCCCGAGCACAAUGACUAUCACUUUGCCCUGGACCUCCAAAACUCACUGUCUUCAUCCACUGUCACCUCUUCCUCUCUGACAUCGUCCUCCUCCAGUGCCUCCCUUACUCCACUUAGAGCAGGAAACACAACCCAGUCCUCACGGGGCAAGACAAAAACCAGAGGUCAGUCAGGACCUGUGGCGAAAAGAUUCCGUAGCCACGGUGCAAGUACGGGCACCCUGGAUUCUUUUUUCAAGAAGAACUGAAGGUUCAGGACAGGUGUUGUUACAGUAACUUAUUAUGCGUAUAUAAAGGACAAACUUCUUAAAAGACAAUGUGAUUUGUGACUGCAUAUUGUAAGACUCUCUCAAAGUCAAAGUUUGAUGACACCGUAAAACAAAUUAAAGAGAUGAUUUAUUUAUUUAUUUUGGCUCACCUUUUUUCCAUUUAAAGCAGAAACUCAGUAAUUUUUAAAGGGU